AUGGGAGGGUAUCAUCGAUUGCGUGGAAGACAGUCAAAGCGUUUGCGCGAUCAGCCAAAACAAGACGUAAGCCUGCAUGAACGAGAUGAGCAGGACAAGCAAAUGCCAGCAAGCGUGAGCACGCAGUUUCCAGAAUUGGAGGCUGACGGAAGUUGGCAAAAAUUGAUCGGUGAAGUCGUUGGCCGUUUGGAACAACAAGAUGAGGCAGUUACCAUAGUGGACGCGGCGUUAAAACCUAGCGGAUUAUACAGGAAAAGCUACCGAGGUUCCGUGAGGAAGUUAGAGUCUUCUUCGGCGAGGGAUAGGAUGACGGAGGAGUGGUGUGCUUAUCACCAAGUUUCUGGUCAUGAUACCGGAAAAUGCAGAGCUUUACAGCAUGCAGUUGCGAAAUUGAUAACAACAGGGAAGACUAUUAAGGCGCAGCGCAGCAAACCGUCUACGAUCGGCGAGGUAGGCAAAAUCGCCGGCGGCUUUAGCGGAGGAGGAAUCACUAGUGCAGCGCGCAAGCGAUACCUCAGAACGGUAAAUGUGGUCGCGGAAGCGCCUUUCGGUUUCCAGCAUCCAGACAUCACGUUUUCACCUGCUGAUUUUUUCGGUUUAAAACCACAUCUGGAUGACCCGAUCGUGAUCUCCCUUCGGGUUAACAACUUCGACAUACAACGAACGCUCCUGGACCAGGGGAGCUCAGCAGAUAUCAUCUAUGGCGGAGCAUUUACGCAGCUCGGAAUAGGAGAAGGAGACCUUAUCCCGUAUAAAGGGACCUUGGUAGGAUUCGCAGGUGAACGAGUGUGGGUAAAAGGAGUCAUAGAUCUUGAUACCACAUUCGGUGAGGGCGAGGAUGCCAAAAAACUAACAGUAAAAUACUUGGUCUUAGAGGCAGAAGGUUCAUACAACGCGAUCAUUGGAAGGAACACUUUGAACCGACUAUGCGCCGUGAUAUCAACAGCUCAUCUAGCAGUGAAGUACCCGUUGGCGAGCGGGCGAAUAGGACGGAUUGUGGUGGAUUAA